AGAAUCAUUCAGUCUUUUGAUUUCGACUUUACAACAUUGCAUCUAUAAGAUAAUUUAAACUAUAAACAAUAAAAUGAAGUCUUUAAUCUUAUUAGCAGUAACUUUAGCUGUUGCCAGUGCUGUUCCAUUGUUGGUGACAGAUGAGGAAGGCCAAUUGUACUAUUUGACUCCAGUUGUCAGCCGUCAAAGAAGAGGAGCGGCUGAUUGGUCAGCUCAAGGCCAAGGAGGAGCCAACAGCCAUAGUGGAGGUGGAGGAGUUAGUAUUCAGAAUCCAAAUGGAUCUGGAGCUAAAGUAGGCUAUGGUCAUGCCAACGGCUGGGGACAUGAUCUAAGUGUCGACGGUCGCGUUCCAGUAUGGUCCAAUAAAAACAAACAUGGAGAAACAACGCUCAAUGUUGGCGGAGGAAUAAGCGGCCAUACUGGAUAUGGAGGAACCCAUUCGACAGACAAAAGAUUCGGUGCCAGUAUUAAUCAUAGUUUUUAAACUUCGCAAAUUUGUAAAAUAAGACUGCGACUUUAACAUAAAAAAAUGUUAUGUUUCUGAAUAUAACAAAUAUGUACUAAAAUAUCCAUCAUAAUAAAUCCAUCAUCAAUCGUUAAUUAACAGUUUUAAAUGAUGCUUCUGUAGUUUUUGAUUUCGCAUAAUAGUUUUUAAUUUUGUGUACGCAGCUGUUAUACUUUUAAGAUAAUAAAUUAUUGUUUGCUAUA